GACGUGAGAGGAAUGAGAGGGUGGUUGAACUUGGAGAUCAAGUGCUCUGCCGGUUCUCGGACUGCGUGUGGUUCUGCUUUGAAUGAGAGCUAACCCGAGGACUUGAGAAGACAGGAAAUGUGCAAGCCCUUGUCGCCGACCUGACCUGAGGUGGAACUGUCCGUUUCGGGAUGUUUCCCUUCCCCGUUUAACUCUGUCUGCGCCACUGAAACCGCCUGCGUGCGGCGUGAGCAGCGUGUCCGAACCUCCGUGACGUAGGCAGGGUCCCAGCAAGACCAGGAAACGACGGCGUCCUUUUUUGGUCGGAGAAGUGAUGUCAUCCCAGGGAGAGUGUGAGGGUUGGCUGGGGGCUUGAUUGAGGUUUUAUUACCAAGGGCGCCACCAGACGUGUGGCCACAUGCACCAGUCAACACGAGGACACAGAUCAGGCAAAGUGAGGUGCUGAGUAUCAAAAUAUGGCAGCGCGCCUGGGGAAAGGAGUGUGAGGCAGAGGCGUAGGAAGCAGCAGAAAUGCAGAUGGAAACCCGGAGAGGGGAAGAGGGACAGCAUGAGUGCGCAUGCUGAUGGGGGAUAGGAGCGCGAGGAGCCACAGAGCUGCAGAAUCCUGAAUCCAGCAGAUGGAGACUCCGUGUCCUUGUUUUGUGGUGAUCUGUGGGAGCAACAUGCAGCUCGCGCCGCUGCCUCGCACUGCUGCAGUGGAGGAGUAAAUGCGGAGCCCGCCACUGCUCCAGGUGAUCCACAGCAGCCCAGCCCGGCAGACUGCUCCCUCCUCAGCCUUCCCUCUCCUCCUCCUCCUCCUCCUCCUCCUCCUCCACCUCCUCCACCUCCUCUUCCUCCUCCUCCUCCUCCUCCUCCUGUGUCAGUGCUCCAUUCCUCUGAGGGCUUUGGGGGAAAAAAAAAAAAAAUAACAAGAAAGGAACAGAAAAACAGAGGAGAAAUCCCGCUUCCCCCCCCUUUCCCCGUUCUCAGAUGUGACACACCUCUGCAUGACUGUCCGCCGCUUCCCUGUCAUCGUGUGAAGACGCUCUGCAUAUGUGCUCCAAUGUCUCCGCAACAUAGACUCGCUACAAGACCAGAAGUUUCCAUCUUGGUCCCCGUCUCGAAAGGUCAAUGAAGGCAGACGCCUCCCUCCAGCCAGGAACAUGAAGGGCUUAUCGGGCAGCCGUUCCCAGCACCAGAUUCCUUUACCCCACGGCUUGGACUACGAUCCCUACGUCCAUGACGUCCACGCGCACCAUGGCUCCGACUCCCGCCACUCGUCCUACCUGCUCAGCCCCACAGAGAGCUGCCCCAUGGACUUCCACCACCGCUACUCACCGCGCAGCUCUAUCCACUCUGACUGCAUGAUGAUGUCCCCCGUCAUGAUGCCUCCACCCGCUGCGUCUGACCACAUCUCCAGCAGCACCUUCCCCAGAAUGCACUACAGCUCUCAGUAUUAUGACUCAGCCACGCGGGACGACUGCGCUGCCAUCACAGCCUCCGCCACCUCCCCGGCUGUCGCCGCUGCUGCAGCUGCGGCGGCUGCCUCUGCCCACCACGCUGGCACCAAGAGCAACCGCCUUCCCGCUAACCUACUGGACCAGUUUGAGAAACAACUGCCAUUACACCGCGACGGCUUCCACACGCUACAGUACCAGCGCACCUCCACCACCACUGAGCAACGCAGCGAGAGUCCUGGCCGCAUCAGACACCUUGUUCAUUCCGUCCAGAAGCUCUUCACCAAGUCCCACUCCCUGGAGGGGUCGUCCAAGAUGAACGGCACAAAGGGUGAUAUGAUAGGAGGGGGAGCGGGGGGCUAUCACCAUCACGGUCACCACUCCACCAAACAUGGUAGCAAGAGGAGCAAGAGCAAAGAACGAAAGCACCGCUCUGGAGGUUGGUGGAGCUCAGACGACAACCUGGACAGUGACAGCACCUACCGCACACCCAGUGUCAUGUCGCGGCACCACGGGGAACAUGUCAGCCACUGCUACCCAGAUUCCAUGCACAGCCACCACUUUGGAGACCUGUCGCUCAAGACUUCUAGGAGUAACAACGAUGUCAAGUGCUCGGCCUGUGAGAGCAUGGCCAUGGCACCUGAGGGAAAGUUCAUGAAGAGGAGCUCCUGGUCGACGCUAACGGUCAGCCAGGCCAAAGAGGCCUAUCGGAAGUCAUCGCUUAAUUUAGAGAAACCCAUGAUGCACACGGACCUCAAGCCUUCAUCGCGGACAUGUCACUACCUGCAGGUGCCCCAGGAUGAGUGGAGUGGAUACCCGGGUGAUAAAGAUGAGGAGAUUCCUUGUCGGCGGAUGCGGAGCAGCAGCUACGUCAAAGCUAUGGGAGAGGUGGAUGAUGAAAGUGGGGACUCUGACACCAGCCCAAAGACCUCUCCACAGAAGGCCAUUCGGCCCGACGCUCUUGUCCUCAAAUCAGCCAUGCAGAGACACCAUCUAGACUCCCAAAGCCAAGGCUACCACUUGCAAACCACAAGAGACAUGCGGCCCCACCCUAGCGUAACGCUGGACCCUGCCACCACCUUUCAUCCCCCGCCCUUCCGUUCUCGCAACCAGAGCUACAUGCGCGCCGUCAGCACCCUCAGUCAGGCUAGCUGCGUCAGCCAGGUGAGUGAGACUGAGAUCAAUGGCCAGUUUGAGUCAGUUUGCGAGUCCGUUUUUAGUGAAGUAGAAUCCCAGGCCAUGGAGGCCUUGGACCUGCCUGGUUCGUUCCGCACUCGAAGCCACAGUUACCUCCGUGCAAUUCAGGCUGGUUAUUCCCAAGAUGACGACUGCUUGCCUUCAAUGACAUCCUCCACUGUCACAUCAACUCUCAGAUCCACAACAGGGAUUCAGUUUCGUCUCCCUACUUCCUGCAGCGUGGACCGCGCUCAGCCGCCUCCAGUGGUAUCAUAUCCUCCCAGUUACAAGAAGACUCCACCUCCUGUGCCCCCGCGCACCACCACCAAGCCUCUUAUCUCUGUGACAGCCCAGAGCAGUACAGAGUCCACCCAAGAUGCCUACCAGGAGGGCAGGCAUCCGCGUGGGGGCCUGUGGACCACGGAUAGCCUCGGCCGUCCCAUCUACAGCUCCACGGACAGCCUGGACAGCACCAAGGCGGUCACCAUGGCCAUGGAGUCGGCGGCAGGAAAGAGGCACACGUCUUUAGGCAGCCACACCUCCGUCCAGACGUGCGACAAAGCGGUGCUGGUGUCCAAGGCCGAGGAGUACCUCAAAACCCCACGCUCCUCUAUCGGGAUACAGGUGGAAACUGUGACAGACUCUGAGACUGACACUAAAGGCCUUCCUCAGUUCCAUUCUAUAGGAAUCCAGGUGGAGGAUCACAAACGGCACGGGAGGUUCAAACGCUCCAACAGCGUGACGACUGCAGUGCAGGCGGACAUGGAGCUGGAGGGCUUUCCCUCCAUGGAGGACAAAGGUCUCCAGUUCGGAGGUGCCUUCGGCCGCCACUCCGAGCCCAGCACGCCGACGCAGUACGGCGCCAUCCGCACGGUGCGAACACAGGGUCUGUUUAGCUACAGGGAGGACUACCGGCCUUCCAGCGGGCCCUCCAGCCCGCAGCCCGAAUCCUGGCUGGUCGAACCCAGCCUGGAGAGCACCGACACGGGCCGAGUGUCCCCCCUCCGCAGGGACGGCAGCUGGUUCAUGCAGCUCCUUCACAACGAAACCAAGCGGUUGGAGGGAUGGUGCAAAGAGAUGGAGAGGGAGGCGGAGGAGCACGACUUGUCAGAGGAGAUCCUAGGAAAAAUCCGGAGUGCUGUUGGAAGUGCUCAGCUGCUAAUGUCUCAAAAGUUUCAGCAGUUUUAUUGGCUAUGCCAGCAGAAUCUGGACCCCAGUGCCAUGCCCAGACCCACAUCUCAGGACUUGGCUGGAUUCUGGGACCUUUUGCAGCUUUCCAUCGAUGACGUCACUGCCAAGUUUGAUGAGCUGCAGCAGAUCAAGAGCAACCAGUGGCAGCUGGUGGAGAGCCCAGAGAAGAAGGAGAGGAAGUGGCCACCACCUCUGCCAAAGAGGCCAGCCAGGGGACGUGGCGGUGUGACGCGGGAGCGCUCUCUGGACCUUCAGGACCGCCAGCGGCAGGAAGCCCGCAGACGCCUCAUGGCUGCCAAGCGAGCAGCUUCUUUCAGACAGAACUCAGCCACAGAGAGGGCAGACAGCAUCGAGAUAUACAUCCCCGAAGCCCAGACACGGCUUUGAGGUCCACGGAUUCACCCUAAGCUCCUCAUGUCCACCGCCUCCACCCAACACCAGCUCAUGGCGCCACAUCCGGCCUCCUUGUGCUGUCACUGCUUGUCUUCUUUUUUUUUUUUUUUACAUUUUUACCUGUUGCCAUUCUCCGGGUUGUCCCGAGUGAAGCUACACCAUGCAAAGAUUUAAGUGGAAGAUGUAUCCUUUUACCAGGUAGCAUGGGAAUAGUGAAGAAUGCUACAAUGUUCCCUUAGUGUUACCUAAUCCGGAUUAAAUUUUCUCCAAAAUAAUCUGAAUAUAAUCUGAUAAUUUCCCCCUUGUUCCUCUGGUUUAGUUUGACUAGAAGAGUUCCCACGUUAUUUUUAUAUGGCAAAACAUAGCCUCUAUAUAAAAGAAGGAUUUAGCCCAUGGGUCUGAAAAAAAAAAAAGUAUCUUAAAAUGCAAUAUAAGUAAUGGCUCUAAAUUUUGUUUUGUUUUGGCCUUAAAGACAGGCUUGAUUGACUUGAUUGAUGUGUCAUUUAGUUGUCCCCUCGCUCCUCCCCCAUCUCCUCCUUGUUCGGCAAAUAUGGUGACUUACCGCUUCAAAAAAUCCAAGAUGGCGGCAGACAGACGCUAAACUCAAGGCUUCCAAUUGGUGGUCCACAAACCGGUAGAUCAUUGUUUGUCUUUCUUUCAUACAGUAUAGGAUGAAUAUAUAUAUAUUUAAAAACCAUUAAAACCUAAACAUCCGUCCGCACAUCAAAAAAGCUCGCGAUAUUUGAAUCGAUGGACAAAAUUCAAAGUGUGGUUGAACACUGAGAAGUUGCGCUUUCUGGGAGUUGAAAAAAAGCUGCCAUUACGGUAAUGGUGACGCACCAGUGCUGUAGGCUUCAGAUUUGGGAGCGACGCAAGGCAGCAAGAGCUGUUUGGAGGAAUUUGUUGGUAAGAAGCGAAGUUAGUUGUACCGUUAAGAUUUCACGAAGGUCUUUCAGAGAAAAACUCAACUUCCCAGUGUUCAGCCACACUUUGAAUUUUGUCAAUAGCGCAAACAGUUGUUAGUUACGGUAAUUCAAAUACCGCGUGCGGCUGUGACGUGUCGCCGGCGGUCCGUUUUGUUUUAAAGGGUUUUAGAAAACAAAUUAGCUACACGUCUGUACCACUCCGAGCUACUUAGGUUCGACUUUGCCUGGUGUAGCUUCAGCACCAGCUUCAACACCUGGUUCUGCACCAUGAGAAUGAGCCAUUCUUCCCUUAAUUGUAACUACAUCUGAUUCAUUUCUUUUCAUCACCAUUACUUCGACUUCUCUUAGUCUUCUCUGUUGUUGCCCGUGCCCCAGUGUGUAUGAGGAUAACCACGUACUUUCACAUUCAAAGGGAAACACACAGUGCAACUUUUCUCUCACCAGCAACAAUGGUCUUGGGCUAAAGCACUGUGUGGAUUUUAGCAGGAUGGACGGGCUUCUAAAGUAAAAUCCAUAAAUUAUUGUUUAACAACUGAAAACAAUGCAUUAAAUUUACAUUUAACCUGAAAAAAAUAAAAAAGUUUGUCCACAUCUACAGCUCCGCAUCAUCCCUCCAUCUUUACCAGGCGUGCUGCAGCUGUCGACCAGUGUUGCUGAAUGAGAUUUGAAAAUAAAACACUCAUUUCCAACAUUCCCUCAUCUAUUCCUGUCGUACUACUAGACAUUUUUUUAAAGAUAUGUAUUUUGCUGCUGGAUGCAUUUCCAUUGCAGGACAAAUAUGAAUUAUUAACAACAACAACAAAAGAGACAGUUUUGCGCAGCUUGGAAGAGGUGGCCGUAUCGAACAAUGCAUUUUGCACCUUAUAAUAUUCAUGUUUGUAUUUCCAAGGGAAAUGUAGUUUAUGAAGCUCAUGUGAUAUUGUUGCAGUUGAAUUGCAAGGACAGAAAUGGGAAAUUUACUACAGAAUUUCAUAUUACGCUAUAGGUCAUAGAAAUUGCACCUUGUGUCGUCUUUAUUUAUUUAUUUUUUUCAUUUCCUUCUGAAGGCGCUCACGCCUCUCGUAAGUAAAAGAUAUUGUUAUUCUAACACUUUUAAUUCUUCUUACAGUAUCUUAUCAUAUGACCAACAUCACAAUCUACAGUGUACAUUUAGUAUUUAUAGUGAAAACAGUUGUCGGUUUGACGAGUUGACGGUGCAAGGGGGUGUUCCUUAGCUAACGAACCAUUUCUCAUACAUGUGACCUUUUUACCAGGUGGCGCAUAAUGAAAAACACUUCUGUUCUCGUUUCGAUCUGCUCACGUAGUCUAGGAAAGACAGGUGCAAAUGACACUUUAACAAUAUUCAGUUACUAUAGUAAAUGGUGCUGCUUUUUACUCUAAAACUGUUGUCCUUUACCCAGUCCUUUGUGCACGCACACACACACACUCAAGGACUUUUUAAACAGAGAUUUAUUAACAUGGUGCCCACCGUCUCUCCGAUGACUCGUGGUCGGUUGUGACUCUAGAAGCGAUCAUCUUUGCAAUGCCCUCAGUGAUGUAAAUGAGGAGACGGUUUUACGGUUUGACUUUCCUUUCGAAAACGCAAAGAGGUCGGGGGAUGUUUGUUAAUCCGACGGGAGAGUUUAAGAGGCUUUGACAUUCCACCUUAAAAGUAAAAAUCCAAUAUGUACACGUUGAGCCAAGGGCAUACGGCUACAGCUGGCUGAGAAUAUACCACAGUACUUAUCCAUAUUUUAUAUGCCCUGACACCCGCAAUGCAUUCCCAUUCAUCCUCAUUCAUAUAACCCAGGCUAAUUAAUACAAAUGCCGAUGAGGCCGCUAGGAAUUUACGUCGCAGCGUUUAGUGUUUUCCCAAUUUCCUGUAAUGAGAACGGCACUCAGUGGGGGGAGAGCAGCCUGUGUCCUCGUGAGGGGUUUCGAUUGGGAUUUGUUUCGCUCGCGUCGAGGCUCGUAGAAGAGCGCUUGUUUCUUUUUGACGGGGGUGCGCGUCAGUGCUGAAUCUGAGACUCUUACCUUACCAGAUGGCCUUAAACCAAAACACUCAUGAAUGUAGAGCCCCCUUCGAUGCAAAAAAUAAAGUAAAACAGAAUAUACCCAGGAGAAGAGCAGUUCCUGAAAAUGACCACACUUUUUUUUUUAUUUAUUAUUUAAUACUUUUUUUUCUUAAACCUAUACAGUUUACCAUUUAUUUUUAAGAGAGAUCUUAUUUACACUUAUAUCAGGGUUGCUAUAACUUAAAAGUGAUAUCCAAUUUGCACAGGAUGUAGACUACAAUCACAAAAGAAAAACUACUAUCAAUAUGUAAAAACUAAACUCCUAAUAGGGUAUGAUUUGCAUAUUAUAAUGCAAUGAAGAAUUAAAGGUGAACUACGAAAAAAGCCAAUAUGGCCUAUAUAGAUAAAUAUAUAUAAAUAAAUAUAUAACAUAUAAAUAUGGGCUAUGGAAGGUCCUCAUGUCGUAAAUAAACAGUGAAACAUAUUUACCUAUACAUACAUGCACCUCCUGUGGAGUUUAGACUUUACACUAUAUGCCCACUACAUAACACAAACGCACGCGCCAACGUGUCCCACUGUAGUGCAACAUAGGCUACAAAUACAGAAAAAGUUCUUCUUUUGAUUUUAAUCAUUGAUUUAAUAAUCGUCUUUAAAACAGGAAAAGCUUUUUCAAGUCGAGUUCAUCUUAUUUUGCAGCAGUUUCUCUGGCCGAAUAUGUUGUCUUUCAACAUAUCUGUAUUUUAAAUUUUUGUAGAGAGGAGCACACAGAGAAAUCAGGCCCACUUCUCCGGUUAAUUUAAUUUCUCGAGUAAUAGGUGGGUAGGGCUGUAAAAUGUGACGUAUUGUUGUUGUUCCUCAAAAACUAAUUUAUAUUUUCUUUCAAAAUAUUGUAUUUUUUUUUUUUUUUGGUGUGGGAUCUAGUGACACCUAGUGGUAGGGUUGCAGAAUGCAACCAACAAGCACGUAAAAGGAAAUCUACCAUGGCCCUCUCCACUGUCUGUAUGUUCUGUCAGUGAUGGGCUGCCGUAUAAACAUGGCAGAGCUACAUGGUGGACUCUAGAAGGAGAUCCACUUCAUGUGUUUGAAGGGCUCACUCUAAGUCUCACUCAAGACUGGACCUUGAACAGCUACACAGUCCCAAAAUCUAAGAACUCUGAUCGGACGUUUUCCAGAUUUUGAUCAUUCCUCUUCAGUGUCGUUGCAGAUAGUUUCCUCCGUCGGUCCAUCUUCAUGCUCUCCUUGUGACAGCUUUGUUUAUUUCAGUGGUUCGUCCUCUUUAAGUUUUGCCCUCAGAGAAACGGCUUCUCUGAAUUCUUAACAACAUCCAAUGGGCUACUUUAAACAAUCCAGCUGCUCUUCCACCUGACUCAAAGUCAUGCAAAUCAAGUCUACUUCCCACAGACUGCAUACUGUGACUCCAUCAUGUGUAGUACUUGAUGGUCUGGUAGUUCAGAUUUUUAUUUAAAAAAAAAAAAAAAAUAAAUACUACCUAUUUAAAAAAAAAAAAAACAGCUUUUUGUGUUCUCUGUUGCUUAGGGAUUAGGAAGAGUAAAAACUAAAAAAAAAACAGUGGUAACGCUACUAUGUGAUGACAUUACACGCACAGGGUGAGUGUUAUUGAUCUGACGCGAUGUGUUUUUGUAGUAUCAUGCGGGGCUAUUCUAUAUUCAUGGUACAAUGUUUUUUUUUUGUUGUUGUUGAUGUUGUUGUCUCCCAUAUCCUCCUCCCCACCAUGCUACGAGGGGCUAAGGCGUUUGGCAACUAUGUACAUGACAAAUCCUCAGGUGCCUUACAGUUUGAUUCUCAUAGGACUGAGUGAAUGUUUGGGGCUGAGCUACGCGAAAGGAUUACAACACCUCUCAGAGUGCACGUUUGACCGUGAUUACCUUUACAAAGGGCUGGAACUGGGCUGGGUCAGGCUGCAGAGCUUAAGAAGAAUUUAUAUUUAUGACUCGCGUCCUACUGUAAUAAACGUCAGCACAAUACAGUCUAAAAGGAUACCAGAGGAGGAUUUGCGAACAUUUGGUUUCCUCUUUUUUGUUUUAGUAUUUCUGCUACGAUUCCACCACCACCACGACGCAGGAUGCGGUUAAAGUGAGCCGGCGAAGAAGCUUCAUUUGAAAAUGUGGAUGCACAUCCACGUCAGCCAAUUUGAAAAGCUCUUCAUUUAUUUCCUCCCCCACCCCCACUCCCACCUCCCCUCCUAGCUGUGAUAUUGUAAUCUUAUGAUGUUUUCUGCAGAAUCUGGAGACUGACAAAACUUGACCAGCCAAAAAGUGCAAUAGUGUUUUCAUACAAUGACAGGCACCUACAGCUAUUUACCUCACGGUUUAAGUGUUUUAGCGGACAUGGUCUAACGUAGGAGCGGUUGCGAUCUCCACAGGAACACUUUUGUCAUGCCUGUGUACUAUGCAGCAGUACGUCUGCAGGGCGGCAGAGCUUGCAGGCCUCCGGUGCAGAUCGGCAUUCAUUCGCAGAGCACUGAAAGCGCCGCGUUCAUCGAGCUAUAACACGCCACACGAGCAAAAACUUCGUCGUCACAGUCCAAAUCUGACACAGCUCAUCCAUAGGUCGGAUUUACUUUGUGCUGUUUUAGAAUUAAAUAAGAGAAAGUCAGCUCUACAUGCUCUACAAAAAAAAUAUAUAUAUAUAUAUAUUCACAUGGAUUAGUUUCUUUGCCAGGGUGAGUUUUCCCUGUUUAGUUUGAAGCAGUUCGCAGCACCACGUUUAAGCCCGAGAGAAGUCUGCAUAGGUGCUGAAUCAACCAACUUCUCUCCAAAACUUUAUUUUUUUCCUCGUUCAUUCUGACAAUCAGCACACACCAAAAGCUUCAAAUGUACACAUAACACUACUCAAAACAGCGCUCCCUGAGUUUCCCUUUCUACGCGCCUUGAGGAUCCUUGAAGGCGUUUCGACUCUGUUGGGGUGAAGGUUUUUCCUCCUUGUUUCCGAUACAGUUGCACUGCAAAGAUGUCUUUCUAUCGCUUGCUCUCUCUUCUCAUAAAUCACGUCGCUUUUGGCGUCAAGGGUCGGUAAAUAUGGAACACGUUCGAUGUCGUGAUUACGUAAACUCUGGGUUGUGUGGGAGUUGAUCUGCUCUUCAAGCAAUAAGCCUAAUUUUAGUAUUAAGGACGUUUCAUUUUGCUGUUCAGGUUUCUGACAUGCUCACAUCUGCGGGACGUUAAGUUGGCUGUUCAGCUGAAAUAGUUUGACAUCUGGACGAAAUACACAUUGUCUCUCUAUUGCUGAGAGUUAGCUGUCCAUAAGUAUGAAGCUACAACCCGCAGCUGGUUAUCUUAGCUUAGCAUUAAUCUCGGAAACAAUAUGCUGGUUAGCAUAGCUUGUUUAAAAUCUGGAAAUAGGUUGCUGAUUUACGUAGAAAUCUGACUAAAUAACAUGUUAUAUUGUUUAAUUUGUGCAAAAACAAAAACUAGCUAGUUUCACCUUUAUGUUAAGUUUGAUGCUACAACCAGGAGACAAUUAGCUUAGUUUAGAAUAACUGUUCAAAACAAUUUGAUGAUUUCCAUAGGUCAUAUAAAGACUGGAAUAGGGUGAUAGUUAGCGUAGCUUAGCACGAAUCUUGAAUACAAGAGGGGUUUGGCUUAUUGACUAGUUAUAUUGUUUAUUUUGUAAAGAAACUUGUGGUUUCAUGGGCUAGUUUUUGUGAGGCCAGAAUUACUAGCUAGUUAUGGUUCAAGAUCCAGAUAAUGGUUCGGUUAUGUUGUUAAGAAUGGGACACAGGUUUUUUUUUUUUUUUUUACACCUGUUCAGGAGAGGAUUAGCUUAGCAUAGCUGCAUACACUUAGAACAGUGAAAGCAGCCAGUCUGCCUCAAAAACUUCUGGUGAUGGCAGCGUCACUAGCUAGUUUCACUUUUAUGUUAAGUAUGAUGCUACAACCGGGAGACGAUUAGCUCAGCUUAGAAUAACUGUUGGAAACAAGGUGAUGGUUUCUGUAGCUUUUAUUAAGACUGGGAAUGGUGUGAUGGUUAGCGUAGCUUAGCACGAAUCUUGAAUACAAGAGGGGUUUGGCUGAUUGACUAGUUAUAUUGCUUAUUUUGUAAAGAUUGGUUUAAUGGGCUGGUUUUUGUGAUGCCAAAAUGACUAGCUAGCUUUUUGGUUAAGUAUGGCCCAAGAACCAGAUAUGUUAGCUUAGCAUGUAUCUUGGAAAGAAUGGGAUCUGGUAGCCUGGGAAACGUGAUGCUAUACAGUAAACUUGGUUCAUUUAUUUAUUUAUUUUUUUACACCUGUUCGGGAGAGGGUUAGCUUAGCUUAGCUGUGUAGACUUAAAUCAGUGGAAUCAGCUAGUCCGCCACAAAACAAUAUAAAUAUUAAACCAUAAAUUUUAGCUAACCUUAAACAAUAAAAUGGGCUAUAGAAAAUGCAGGCAUGAACAUUUGUGACCUUUGAAGGUACACAGAGAAAACUGUUUACACUUGUUUGCUUUUUUUUUUAAUGCUAAGCUAAGUGCUAACUUCAUACUUAUGGACAUGGCAGUUGUAUCAGUCUUUUUAUCUGACUCGAGAGAUUCAAACUAUUAUUUUAAAGAAGCUAACAACAUUUUAACAUUUUCCUCUUACGUCCUUAUGAGUCAAUAUUGUCUUUUUGUAUUUUUUCGUGAAUCACUCGACAUCGUAGCCUCAAAGGAAAAUUUGUGUAACCGCUGCUUGUCUCCACUACUACUGAACAUAUUAUAAUUCAACCAGAAUCCUCUGUUAUCCACAUGUGCAUAUUUUUUAUAUCGUGUGCUACUGUGUAACUGGGAAAUAUUUCUUAGCGUUUCCAGUGUUUUAUGAGGGGAGAGAGCAGUCACAGAUUUGUUUGCCUUUGGUGGAGAAACGUCUUGUGUUGUGGCUGUGGGUAGAAAUCACUAAAGGCCUCUUUUGGGUUUUGGAAGGUGAGACGAGAAAAAUUUGAUAGCAUAUAAAGGUUUGUGGUUAGCUUAAAACUAUUUUGAAAUUGUUAAGAUAUAUCAAUAAUGAGGAUAAAUAUAAUGCCAAAUAUUCAGUAUUUGUACAGAAAUAUACAUAUAUAAAUAUAUAAUAUAUGCCUAAUUUAAAUGGAACUAUUUUCCGCUCUUGACCACGUUUCCGUUGUUUCCUUUGUCGACAUUAUUUUAUAAGAUCUUCAGAUAGCAUGCGGGAUAGUGAAAAAUGAAUGUAUUAUUUAGUGUUUCAUUGCUGGUCAGUAUUACGGCAUUCUACGGAUCAGUUUGUGUUUGUAAGAUUAAUUUGGGCUGAAUAUUUCAUUUCUAGAUUUGUUUAUCUAUAAAUGAACUGUAAAACUUUCUUUUUCUAAAUGCAAGUUUUUUUUUGUUUUUUUUUCCUGAAAUAGUUUCAACAGUUUAUAUCAUUUUAUUAUUUUCCCCUGCUUUAUCAAUGUGGUUUCAGUAUAUUUUGCCUCUUCCGGUACCAACCAUAUGUUGUAAAUAAUUAUGCAAAUUAAACUUUUUGAAGAAAAGA